AUGGGUGUCGAGUUGCAGCGCCGUUUCGAGGUGAUGAAAAACUGCUUCGGACAGCUGGAGACGGACGUCGACUGGAUUGAGUACCAAUCUUCUCGGAACGCGUUUUAUACCUCAAGCGAUUUACCAGGAGUGAAGCCAACUGGCGAUCUGACUGGAACGCUCCAUUUGCUGUGCACGGGUAAUCGAAUGCAUUCGCUCGAUUUUCGAAUUCACGUCACUCAUCGGAAUCACCAUCCGCCCACCUUCAACAAGCCUGAGUACCAUUUCUUCGUGCCAGUGACACUGACUGUGGGAGAGCAAGUCGGAAAGAUGGAGGUUCUCGCCAUCGAUUACGGUAGUCCACAGCUGUUCACUCUCGCCAACGUUACAAUCGUAUCUGUGACCGAUCACGCGUAUGAAAGAGAGGGUAGACUCGAUCAAGAAGUCCUCCCACCUGGGUUCUUUUCCAGCGUAGCGAUCUCACCGUCUGGUAACUUCACAUUCAAGGUGUCAGCAUUGGACGCCAAUGGUGAAACGCCCAGCGAAUGGCAGCGGUUUACUGUAUUUCAAAACGAUUUGUCUUGUAAUGGAGACUGUUCCUCUGGAGGUGUUCCACUCUGCUACUACGGUGCCUUCAACCGUCUCGAGCAGUUCGUGGACAGUCGUGGCGCUCAUUGCCAGUGCUUUCAUGGUUUCGUAGGCGUCGGAUGCGAUAAGACUGACAACUGUCAACCCGAGAAGACCGUGGACAGCUAUGGAGGACUGGACUGGAGAGAGGCGUCUGCGAACGCUACCGUUCAAGUGCCUUGUCCGUACAACACCGAAAGUGACAAACAAAAAGUGGAGCGGGCCUGCGAAUGGAACAAACAGCUGGGUAGAGCUGUAUGGGCUCGUCAGAAGGAGAAGGAUAAGUGCAAACCGCAGCGUGUAUUUCUUCCAUCGUGCUUGUUCAGGUUCAUUCGCGAUCUGCUCACUGUGCCAGCAUUUUCGACCGAUCCCACCGUCACUGCUCAUUUUGACCAGAAAAUCGCCGAACAGGCGGCUCUUGUCAUUGACUCCGUUCUUCAGAUCGACUUUGACUCACUUCAGGGAAACACAACGUUAGCCAAGUCCGAGAUGUGGUCGAUCCUGUCCGAAUUUUCUAUGCGUCUGCCAUCACCGUUCACUUUGGUCUCACCGGACCUUGGACUUCAUUUGAAAGCGAUGCAGUGGGUGAAGGACAGCGAGAAUUUCGACACUGUUCUCGGUACUAAGUGCCGUGUAAAGCUGCCGACCAUCGACUCCGACCAUAUUGUGAGAAGCAUAUGCAUGGCCAAUGCCUCGUUGUUCGACGUGAUCAGUUCACAAAAUCCGGUCCUCUCACUGAAACUGGAUACGCUUGAGCACGUCUAUUUUACGAAAAUGACCAUCAUGCUGAAACCGAAGGAUUUUCGACACAACUACACUUGCGUCUACUUUGACGCAGCCGAAGGAGGCUGGUCUACACGAGGAAUUCGCCGAGUGGACACCAACUAUCACGGAUUCGUGAAAUGUGAGGCGAACCACAUGGGUGUGUUCUCACUGUUGCCGGAGAGCUACUUCUUUGACAGCGACGAUGCGAUGCGAGAUCUGGGAGUGUUGCUGCCGACGGUGACCACGUUCAUCUCGAUGAUCUGCUCCAUCUUCUUGCUUUUUAUGGCGGCGGUGCAGAAAAAUCAGUCCGUCGAUCUAGCUCUGCUCAUCUACCUAUUCUUUGUAUUUAUGAUUCUUGUGGUGCAUCUCGUCAUGCUUGUUGCUCCCACAGGAUCCGUCUUUCAGGUGGGCGAUCCAUUCGCGCUCUCUCCGUCUCUUCAUCUGAUCCUGCAGUUCUCGAUUAUUUCGGUGACGGCCACGCUCUAUUUAGUAUUGAGUUCGAUUCGAGCGGUACUGAUUUCACACGAAAGGGUGAAGGAGGAGGAUGAGAAGUGUUGCUCUCGUCCGUGUUCAGUGAUCGGCCUCGGCAUAUUUCUUCCUGCUGUUGCUGACCCUCUACCACCUUUACUCUUCUCCAACAACUACACAGCAACCUGCACCAGAUCUCGUCAUCGUGGUUCGUCUGAGCGAUUUUUAUCACUCGCACCUGCAGUGCAAGCGUCUUUAGUCUCAAUUAUCACGCUGCUAUUUCUUGCUUCGUUCGUCGUUCUGUUCCUGUUUCGAGAGCGGUCGUCGGUCGUCGCUAUACUGUACUCUCUCAUGCAGAUACUGUACUCAUGUUGCGCUUUCCUAUUCGCUGGAUAUGUGUUCAGAAUGCGUUAUCUGUUCGAGCGAGAAGAGGACGGGUCCACCCAGUCCUUGGAGCGGAAGCGGGACAUAUCUCGAGCACUUCUUGAUCAUGUCGACGUGGCGAAGAGCACUGACGACAAUCAGUCAAUGAAGUCUGACUCUGGCACGUACCUUCGAAUGCCACAGAAUCUCUACGAUCGAGCGCCUAUGGUCAGUAUCGUCUGA